GGAAGCCAGUGGAAUACAGUUUACCAGGAUAUAAAAGGAUUACCGGAAUGCAGCGAUCUGUGUUGCUGCUCCUUAUGUCGGCCAUUGUGCUAAGUGGGGCAGUUAACUUCCGAACUAGGAAGCAUUUCGAGUCCGAGGAUUCCGAUUAUAAUCACCUAUCAGGGCAGCAGCUGCACAGUGGUGUUGAAAAAACUAUCAGCAAGCGAGAUGCAAAGGACACUAGUGGCAGCAUCUCAGAGGAGCUCACGGAUGGUGCCAAUGAGGAGGUACUCGAUGGUAUGGACAGCUCAAUGGAGUCCUCUUUGGGGGAGAAACAAAAACUGAUUUUGGACGAAAGACGUUUGUGGAAUCUGCACAUGAAUAAUUUAUUUGAGGCUUUGACCGCGAUUUGCCCAGAUGCUGACUUCAGCAAUUGGAAUGUCAACAAAGAAUAUACUAAUGCCGAGAUUUUGCAGUUUUGUCACCCUUCUGAUAAUUCCGGUCGGAUCAUCAAAUAACCCGAUAAUACGUUUACAUAGAGGCAAACCAAAAUUCCAAAAUUCUUAUGAAAUUUCUUUUCCUAAUUCAAGUGACCCCCGACCCAUUAGUCAUCUGCUUCGUUAUCAGUAACACGUUAAAGUCAUCGUAGGUCAUUUUCACGUUUAUUUACGCUUUUAAAUUUAUGAUGUACUCAUGAGAACUAAAAAUAAAGUUUGCAUUCUGUAACUGCGUUAA